UGUAAGCAAUUUAUACACGAUAGCAGAUCAUCAGCUAUCUCAACAUAGCAAAUCUUUCAUCAAACUAAAAAAAAAAAAGAAGAACGACAAAUAACAGCGGCUGCUUCCUCAGCAAAUCUUUCAAAUGUGAAAUGAUUUUACGCACGAGGGGGAGUCUCCAAUAUCUCCUCUAACAAAAGAUUUUCAUUCAAGAUAGCAGGGCACUUUCUACCCGCGGUGAAUCCGAGAUAGUGGCUAGCGCUGCGUCUUCACGUCUCCGCGCUCUCUUGUGCCAAUGGAAGUGUCGUGGACAGGUGACUAGACGAAUGUGGAUCCAGGUCCAGAUCUAACUGGUAUAACAUGAACUUGCUGUCGAGCGGAAUAUGUUUCUAUCUGUCUGUGGUAAUCUGUUGCCUCGCGUCAAGUGUCGACGCAUCUUGGUGGUACAUGGGCACCCUGGGAACACAAGUGAUGUGCGACAACGUCCCCGGGCUGGUUAACAAACAGCGCCAGCUGUGCCGCCAGCACCCGAAAAUAAUGCAGGCGAUCGGGGCGGGGAUUCAGGACUGGAUCGGCGAGUGCCAGCACCAGUUCCGCAGCCACCGCUGGAACUGCAACACCAUGGCGAGAGACCACACCGUGUUCGGAAGGCUGCUGCUUCGGAGCAGUCGCGAGGCCGCCUUUGUGUACGCCAUCUCCUCGGCCGGGGUGGUGCACACGCUCACCCGCGCCUGCAGCCAGGGGGAGAUCGAGUCCUGCUCCUGCGACCCGGAGAAGAAGGGCACGUCCCGGGACGCCAAGGGCGCCUUCGCCUGGGGCGGCUGCAGCGACAACGUGGACUACGCCGUCACCUUCGCCCAGGCCUUCGUGGACGCCAAGGAGAAGAAGGAGAGGGACGCCCGCGCGCUCAUGAACCUGCACAACAACCGGGCUGGGAGGAAGGCAGUGAAGCGCUUCAUGACCCUGGAGUGUAAGUGUCACGGGGUGAGCGGCUCCUGCACAGUGAGGACCUGCUGGAGGGCGCUGGCCGAGUUCCGCCACACCGGGGACUUCCUGCGCAGGAGGUACGACGGCGCCGUGCAGGUGGUCAUGAACCAGUACGGCACGGGCUUCACCCGAGCCUUCCGGACCUUCAAGAGGCCCACCAAGAACGACCUGGUGUACUUCGAGAACUCGCCCGACUACUGCAUCAGAGACCAGGAGUCCGGGUCGGUGGGGACGGGGGGGCGCGUGUGCAACCGGACGUCGCGGGGCGCGGACAGCUGCGAGGUCAUGUGCUGCGGCCGCGGCUACGACACGUCCCGGGUGAGCCGCACCACCAAGUGCGAGUGCCGCUUCCACUGGUGCUGCUCGGUGCGCUGCCGCGACUGCGCCGAGACGGUGGACGUGCACACCUGCAAGGCCCAGGAGACCACCUGACGCGCCCGCGCCGACCUCCGACCCCGGAGGCUCACGCUUCGUCGGGCAGGCAUCUGGAACUCCGGGCACCGGGAACGCGGCGGCGAGCGGAAGGUCUGUGCCCGGGACGACGGACGUUUGAAGAACACCCCACGGACUCAAUAAUGCUGACAGCUGCGGAAACAGGUACACCACUGCCACUGUCUGGCGCAAUGUGCCGUGCAGCAUUCACUCUGAAGGUGUCAGGCGUUUCUUAUUUGCUUGACUUGUUCAGUGUUUUUUCAUUAGUCUCAGUGUAUACCUUUCAUCACAUACAAAUGUAUUUAUUUAAA